AGGUAUGAUGCUUGGUGGAGGGUGAGUGAUGCUUGGUGGGUGUUCUGAAACGCUUCUAUGCUGGGAUGGGGGGAGUGUGGUUUGUCAGUGUUGGUUCUAUAGGGGAAUUGAUGUGCGGUCGGUGGUGAGUUGGGGGCGGUUGGGAGGUGUUGGAUGAGCGGCUGAGAGAUGUGAUGGGAUGUGUAAGCCAGUUAGUGGGUGGGAGAGGUGUUGGGCAAGCCACUGUGCGGAGUAACAUGCAAGUAACCCAUAGUGUGAAGUGAUAAUUCAGCCUCGACCUGGCUGCUUGCAUUGCAUUGAGGCGUUUUUUACAAGUUGAUAUUUCGUUUUCAUGCCCCUGGCGCAGGGGGUGCGCAUGUAGAAUCUCUCCUUUCUUCCUGGUCCCUUCCUUAAAAGGACAGAAGCAUUGUGGCCAAGCAAUGGCGGGACAAACAGAGCUGAGACCCCGCAGAGCAAGAGAUAAUAUACUUCUGGUAUGGAAACGUACGAUUCGCAAAAAACCAACUCCUCAUUUUCUACACGGAAAAUUGGAAGAGGCAAAGCUCACGGCAGGUAGGCUAUCACCGUCGUUACAUUCUUGUCAUCACCCUGAGUUCUCACUAUCACUACACUCCUGUCACCGCCUAGUAUCCUCACUAUUGUCCCGUUCUCUCACCAGGCCUGGUUUUUAUUUCCGUCACGCCCGUGCUUUCAAACAACGGGCAAAGGAUUUUCUUCUUAUUGUCAUUGUUCAUUCCAAGGCACAGAAUCUUCUCAAAUUGACUUCCGGAAUUUACAGUAUGGCUGGCGAUGAUGUUCACGAUUCGUGUAUGCGCAGGAAGCAGCGCAACGUCUCAAAUACCCAGCAGUCUUCCCAAACGCCUUGCCCUUCUUCUUCGUGGUUCUGUGGUAAAGUCACGGCCGAUUUUCAAAGGGGCUGUUUCUCUACACCAGGUUCUGCCAGCUCAUGAUCAUCCCAAUCAAGGUCACUUCCAGGA